GGCAGACUGGCUUCUCAGGGACGUCUGUGAUCAGUCAUCUACCGGUCAAGCUCAAUUUGUCGCAACUAUGGAGGUUUCCGUUCGCCAUCGCUCAUCGCUGCGGACCUGAGGACGUCCUACCUACUGAUCGCAUCUCUCGCUCACCGCCAUCGCUUCCUUUCCCUUCCUCCUUUUUCCUUUUCCCUUGGUCAAGCUUGUCAUCAUCCCAUCGAUGCAGAGCCUGUUCGGCCACUGCCGUCCUUUCCGCUGCCUGGCCUUCCUGACACGUUCGCGCCGUCCGGCCAACAGCGAGUACUCGCCGGUGCGUCCCAACAUGGACUGGGACGACGACAUGGACGACGAGAGCUUCUUCGACGACUGGGACAAUGACGCCAAACCGCUGUCCAACCCCUCCCCCUCGCAACCAGCGUCAAGUAGUGCCGCACCGGGUGGUGCCAAUGCAUCCGACAGGGCCGGGCCUUCCCCUCACGACGGCACGGCCAGCACCGCCGCCACGAGCCAGUCCAGCAGCUGCCGCAGCUCGGCCGGCGGCGAACCUGCCGUCCUCAAUGGCGUGCACCACGAGCCGCCGACCGACAAGAGUGUCACACCCCCCAGGACCAAGAUGCCCACUGGUGGCAAGGCACCGUCACGCGGCGGCAGCGGCAGCGGCAGUGGCAGCCAGGACAUCUUUGCGGAGCUGGGGAUGAUGCCGACGUACAAGGCGCCGCUGCGGGCGGAUGCGACUCGGAAGAAGAGGACGUCAGUCAAGACGCUGCUGGGCUGCGAGGACGCGGAUGACGACGCAGUGGUGUGGGGGGACGAGGACCUGGCGCUCGAUGAUCCUAUAACUCCACCGUCGGCAACGGGGAGAUAGACGUGCCGAUUCCGUCGAUCCAUCCAUGUCGAAAUGCGGGCAUGGCUGUGUCUGUCGGUCGGUCUGCGAGACGAGACGAG